GUUUAUUUGUUGAAUAGUUUUUAUAAGACUUUCGUUUCAUUCAGACGUUCAGCAUGUCGCUGUUUUCUUACCUUAUAGUUCUGGUUCUAUUAUCAGUUAUUGGAAAUUUAUUCGUGAUUGUAAGCCUGUUAAGUAACAAAAAGACGAGAAGUGCGUUUGAUUCCUUUAUCAUUAAUAUUUGUAUUCUUGACUUCCUGAUUGGAGCGUUCUUGAAAUCUAGUUUUGUGAUCGAAGAUUAUUUUGAAGGUCAGCAAAUCAAUGAUACGCAUUGCUAUUUUAUGACAACGUUAAUGACCGCAGCACCUACAAUGGUAUUAAUGACUCUGGUUACAUUAUUAUUUUAUAUGAUAUUUUCAUCAAUUAAAAAAGUACGGAUUGAGAAGCUCUUAUCACCCGAGACUUCAUUUGUGAUAAUUUUUAUGAUGUGGUUUCUCAUUGGUGGAGUGCAUUUGAUUUAUCAUAAAGUCUUUGGGACUUAUGGAUCAAUUUGUGCAGUUGAAGAUGAUAUUUUAUCAACUACUGUGUACUGUAAUUUAACGCUUAUGAUAAUAGUCCUUAUGCAGAUGUUUGGAAUAUUUAUAAUAGAGUCGAUUAAGAAAGCAUCUGAUGCUAUUAAUUUGAGACGACCAGAAGCAGUUUACAAUAAUUUAACGAUAGAAAUCAAUAAUAAUUCUGUUGAUACUGAAGAUAUUGAUGGACGAUUAAGGAAAUUGAUCUAUGUACAGUCCAUAUUGUUCCUUCUUUUUUGGAUUCCAUUCUAUGCCAUUAGAGCUCAGUACAUGUUUGACAAAAAGACUCAUAGUCUAGAUUUGAUAGUCUUGCAAUUAUUUUUCUACGUAAUUGGAUACUUUAGAAGUGCCGUUGCUCCUAUCGCAGUUUUAAUCGUCUAUCCUGAAAGUCGAUAUUUGAUUCGAAAAAUUAAAGAAAUUGAUUACAAAAAAAUUACAAAAGUCUUCGCAAAGAGUGAAAUUGAUGCAAUUCCUGCAUAACAUUUAAAAGUAUCUAUCAUGUAGAAUAACAUUUUAAUACUAAGGUCAGUAUGUGGCAUUUUGUUAAUGCUUAAUUAAAAAGACAUCAUAAGAUAAGAAAUACUUUUCUAUUUUGAACUUUAAUCGCUGAAAUAUUCAUAAAUAUUAUCAAUUGAAUAAAUUUUAUGUGGUACAGUGAUGUAGCCAGUGGGGAUAAUUGAAUGAAAAAUACUUGAUUUUAAUUAGCGAAAAGGUUCGAUUCAGUGAGUUAACUCAAAACAGAGCGUGAUCAGAAAUUUUGUUUAAUGGCAUUUUUAAAUUUUAUCGUGUCAGAAUUUUUAUGAAUUUUUGUCCCAAAAACUCUAGCAAAUUGGGAAAUUUUUGAGCAAAGGAAGUACAAUUUGUAACCUAAUUCACUCCCUGGUUACGCGAUUAGUUCAAAUUUUAACUCAUUACAAAAUUUUCACUACAAUUUUUUUUGGAUUAAUGAAAAUUUUCCAUUUAAAUUGAGGUUCAUCAUUCUUAAAACUUCAAAAACAGUGACGGAAGAGUUCCUCUUAAAGGGUUGAUUUCUAUUAACAUUAAAU